AGUCCCGCUACGGUCAUAUUGCGACUUCACGUUCAACUAAGUUUUAAUUUGAACUUUUAUUAUUUAACAACCGAUCGCAGCGACACGAGUGGGUGCGUGUGGUCAGUGCUAGAUAGAGAUUGAGAAGGAAUCUUCGCCAGAAUGCUAGUCAUAAACACUUGCAGAGCUGCCUCCAGAUUGGCCCUCCGCAGCCUCAACCUGCGAUCCCCGAUCGCAACGCGCACUUUCUCGGCGGGAUUGGCCCUGAAAACGAAAGAUGUUGUUAACAUAACCUUCGUGCGUGCCAACGGGGACAAGAUUAAGACGUCGGGAAAAGUGGGCGACUCGCUGCUGGACGUGGUGGUCAAUAACAGUGUUGAUUUGGAUGGCUUUGGCGCCUGCGAGGGCACCCUAACCUGCUCCACCUGCCACCUGAUCUUCAAGACCAGCGAUUUCGAAAAACUGCCCGACAAACCCGGUGAUGAGGAGCUGGACAUGCUGGAUCUGGCCUACGAACUGACGGACACCUCGCGCUUGGGCUGCCAAAUCAUCUUGUCCAAGGACAUGGAGGGCCUGGAGGUCCAUGUGCCCUCCACCAUCAAUGACGCCCGUGCCGCGUAGACAGACGCCACCCACUGUUAUCAAUUGUUGCAAUUUUGAGUGCUAAUAUGCUUUAGUUCAACCUAGAUGUAGUCAAUAUUUUUUGAACGAAAUCGUAUGUUCUGUCCCAGGGACACGAAGCUCAGGCGGCUAUUAUAGAUGCGUGCAUAAGUCCGGAUAAAUUCCAGUUGCGGAUUUGCGCACGCUGUUGUUUUUUAAAGUGUUUAAGCUCAAUGGGAUUAGAUCGAUAUGUAAAUAUGUGUUCCCAAUAAAUUUACAUGUACUUUCGUA